AAUGUAACGUUAAGGGGCGAGGGAGCGACCAGUCUCUAUAGGGUCCAGUUGGGAACCAGGCUUGUAGACGCUCCACCACGCGUGGCGCGCGUCUAGGAAACAACACACAAAGCGCGUGGCCUGGACAGCUUUUUAGUUAUUCGUUUUUUUGCAUCCGCUUGAUUUCUUAAAGUUUCCCUGAAGACAGGAGCUGAUGUACACCCCACUCUUGGCUCAGACUUCCCCCCGUGUGUUAAUGUGGUCGGGGGGGAAACUCCUUUAACGCCAAAUUUAGAAGACGUGAUUUGCUGGGAGGCGGAGGAGGAGAGGGAGGAGGAGGAGGAAGAGAGAUGUAUUUCCCGUCGGUCUCGGCGCGUCGCGCAGUCGGACUCGGACACUGGUGAUGCCUGGCGGCCGUGGUUCACCGCGCGGCACCUCAGGAAAACAGGGCGUCGGAGGACGGUGUUUAUGUCUGUAUCAUGGCCAACGGAACCGGCAAUAUUAUGCUGAAAUGUGUGGUUGUCGGGGACGGGGCGGUGGGGAAAACGUGUCUAUUGAUGAGCUAUGCCAAUGACGCCUUUCCCGAGGAGUAUGUUCCCACGGUGUUUGAUCAUUAUGCAGUGAGCGUCAAUGUUGGGGGAAAGCAGUACUUGUUGGGACUCUACGACACAGCUGGUCAGGAGGACUACGACCGGCUGCGGCCCCUGUCCUACCCCAUGACCGACGUCUUCCUCAUCUGCUUCUCGGUCGUCAACCCGGCCAGCUUCCAGAACGUCCGGGAGGAGUGGGUUCCUGAGCUCCAGGAGUACGCUCCCACCGUGCCCUACCUGCUCAUUGGCACACAGAUAGACCUCCGAGAUGAUCCCAAGACCAUUGCCAAACUAAAUGACAUGAAGGAGAAGCCCAUUGCAACUGAACAGGGACAGAAGCUCGCAAAGGAGAUCGGCGCGUGUUGCUACGUGGAGUGCUCAGCCUUGACGCAGAAGGGCCUAAAGACGGUGUUCGAUGAGGCCAUCAUCGCCAUCCUCACCCCCAAGAGGAAGAAGGGUGUGCUGAAGAGGAGGCUGGCCCCGCGCUGCAUCAACUGCUGCCUCAUCACCUGAUACCCAGAGGUUAGCCAACCGGAGCCCCACCGGCCCAUAGCCAACCAGAGGGACGAGAGCCGGCCAUGGACGAUGUGAACCAUCCACGGCAGAGUGAAACAUUUUUAAGGACAUGAAAUGACUGUUGAAGAUGUUGAGUGCCUUCUUUCUCACUCUCAAGAAGAAGAAUGAAUUGCCAUAACUCUGCUACCGUUUAGCACUGGGUUUGAAGUUUACAACCAAAGGAGCACUGAACACUUCUUAAAGACCUUGCUUAACCAACAGAUGUACCUUCUUUUAUUACCAUUUGUAACCCCAUUUUCCUGUGCAAAACCUAUUGUAGUCUCCAAAGUAGGACUUUCUACUCGUCGUGAGGAAUAACUCGCUUUUAAAGAACCCCUUGUGUUUCCCCGGGAUCUCAGACAACUCGAAGUAGAACAUAGAUUUGUUAAGGGUAAAGUUUCUCUACAUGAAGGAUCCUGGUCCUGAUAAAGUGCCAUUUUAACACUGGCCACCCACCCGCAAAGCAAAUAUCGUGACAGGGGUUGUUUUUCUGGUUGCCCCCAUUCCUGAAGGAAACCAGUAAGCGUUCUAACAUUUUCUAUUGGCCAUAGGAAUACUUUUGGGAUGACCUUUGAAUGACCUAUUUAGUCAUUUAGCAGAUGCUUUACUCCAAGCAACUUUACAGUUCAUUCUGACACGUCAUUAUAAGAGGCAGGUAGCAGUUAACAGAUGCCUACAAGAAGAUGGCAGAUAUUUGGGAUCGGACCCAGUCCCUUUCGGCUGGAAGUCGAACAGCCUUGCCACUAUGAUUCUUGAAGAAGAUGUGAAUGUAUGAACAGGGGGCGUUUCAAACUCAGUGAGAUAUUUGUUGUCAACAAAAGUAUAAAAAACCAGUGAUCAAGUGUGUUAUCUUACAGUUUAUUACUUUGAGUCCUUUUGUAAUCGUGUUGAUCAUGACAGAAUGUAGAGGGUUAGGAUGGCACUCUGCACACGCGCUUUACAUUGUGUGUGUGUGUGUGUAUGUGUGUGCGAAUGUGUGUGCAAUUAAUGACACGCAUUCCACAAACAAAAUGCGUGCUUUAAUGAAACAACCGACAUCAGGCACAGCAUUUCUUUUCUGUAUUGGUGAACUGUAUUGGUUUAACCUUGAUGAUGUCCAUGGAUCUACAAGAUCAGUCAUCCAAUCUAUAAACUUUUAAUGCAACAAAAAGUACUUAGAACUAGUUUUCCCCUUUUCAUUUUUGCUAGAAAAAGAUUUGAGAGAAUCUUUUUUGUUGAUAAAAGCUGCUGCGAAACUUGCAAUAUGCAAGUCAUGAUCCAAUGUCUAACACCCAAAAACAAAACAUAGCUUUUUACUUCUUAUCUGGUGCUCAAAAAGUAACACACACGCUUUCACCUGGUGGGGGCCAUGACCUGAUGCUGUAAAUCAAAUGCAAAUCAUCAAGCACACUGUGUUAAUUACAAAUGUAUGCGCACAUGCACGCACGCAGAAACACACACACACACACACACACACACACACACACACACACACACACACACACACACACACACACACACACACACACACACACACUUACAGACUUUAGUAGGGAGUUUAGAAGAGCACAGCCCACUGUCUUUCCAAGCACACUCAAUAGUUUCUACAACUCUGGCUUUCGCCAGUUUGGAAAACGUUUUCUAAAAAGUUGACUAUCGGGUCAACUUAAAAAAUGCCAGUCAAGUGUGAAUGAAGAUGAGUUGUUAACCAAAUCAUAAGCGUUGCCAACUUGUUAAGUCUUUAUGCAUCGGCCAUAGGCUUUGCUGCUUACUGUGUGACAUUUCAUAAUUGUGAUGAUGAAAAAGACAUUUGAAAAAAAGCUUUUAUGAGAAACAUUGAAACUGUAAUGUUGAGAGUGCUAAACCUCUCUGUCCCAGCCUGUGAUAUAUGCGGGUUCUUUCCUGAUAGUGUUUCGCAUAGGGAUUGCUGCCAUAUUGUUUUUUUUCUCUUUUCCUUCUGAUUAUGCGUUCUUGAGGUCCACCCUCAGGCCUAAGUGCUGCACAUGUCAAUGCAUUUCUCCUGUCGGGGCUGCCCUCUACUCUAUAAUAAAUGUGUUUAUUGUGUUAACAAA